CAUUUCUUUCUCAUUACAUUUCUUGUCAUCUUUUCCCUCAAAUUCAGCAAUCUUCUUAUCUUAGUUUCAUAGAAUUUGGCGACUGAUAUUAUAUAUAUAGUUACAAGGAAUUAAUGGCAUCUAGUUCGAUAACAUCCCAUGGUUCGCCCACUUGGACUGCUAAGGAGAAUAAGGCGUUCGAGAAGGCAUUAGCAAUUUACGACCAGGACUCACCCGACCGGUGGGCGAACGUGGCAAGGGCUGUGGGCGGGAAAACCCCGGAAGAGGUGAAGAAACACUAUGAAAUCCUUGUUGAGGAUGUCACGUAUAUUGAGAAUGGUCACGUGCCUUUUCCCAACUACAAGACCACCAUAGGCGACGACAAUCGAGGCAGUAACAUCAACGCCCAGGAUUCAGGAACAAAGGUAGUAGUAUAAACACUACAUUUUCGGUCCGUACCCUAAAUAAAUAAGAUUUUUACUUUUUUUUUAUGCAAUAUUAUUGAGUACUGCAAAAGUUUACUCUGUAUCCAUAUAAGGAUUUACUCGAGCUAUUGAGAUAUUUUCAAAUGUAGCAUUCCAUCCACUAUGAAUCCUUCUAUUUGAAGUCAUAUUCUUCUACA